UACACUCUUGUUUGGAAGAUUCAACACAUAUUGGCUGGCUAUCAUCAACAUUACCAUUGAUGCAAACUCAUCAUUCAUAAAAUUGCUGUUGUAACUUAAUUUUCAUCAACAUUGAACUUCAUAUUUGAUCAUGGCAGUUGAAUUCGUCGGUAGUGCUCUUCUUUCAGCUUCCCUUCAGGUUGCAUUUGACAGACUCGCUUCUGCCGAAGUUGUUGAAUACUUUCAAGGAACAAGAUUCAAUGAUAAGCUACUGAAAAAACUCAACAUCACGCUACUAUCCAUCAACGCUGUGCUUGACGAUGCUGAACAAAAGCAGAUCAGAAAUCAACACGUGAAAGCAUGGCUUGUUGCUGUCAAAGAGGCUGUGUUUGAAGGAGAAGAUUUGUUAGAUGAUAUUGAAAUUCAAGUUUCCCGAUGCAAACGCGAAGCUACCAAGGUGUGGAACUUCUUCUAUGCUUCUACAAAUUCAUUUGACAAAGAAAUUGAAUCCAAGAUGCAACAAGUACUUGACAGGCUAGAAUAUCUUGCAAGCAAAAAGGAUAUACUUGGUUUAAAAGUGGCUAGUAUUGGUUAUGGUGUUGGAUCGAGGUCGAAAAAACUACCAACAACUUGUUUGCUUGGUGAGACUGUUUUAUAUGGUAGAGUUCUUGACAGAGAAAUUCUAUUUCACUGGUUGAUAUCUCAUACUGACAAUAAAAAUCAGUUUUCUGUGGUUUCUAUUGUUGGUAUGGGUGGGAUGGGUAAGACCUUGCUCGCGCAACACCUGUACAAUGAAUCAAAGAUGGUGGAUGAAUUUGAUGUUAAAGCUUGGGUCUGUAUUUCGGACGAAUUUGAUGUUUUCAAGAUAACAAGAUCUAUUCUUGAGGGUAUCGUUGGAUCGACCGAUGAUAGUAGAGAGUUAAAUAUGGUUCAAGAAAGGUUGAAGGAAAAACUGACAGGAAAAAGAUUUCUUCUUGUUUUGGAUGAUGUAUGGAACGAAAACCGUGAUCAAUGGGAAGCUUUGCAAACUCCUUUUAAUUAUGGAGCUCAAGGAAGCAAAAUUUUAGUCACUACGCGUAGUAUGGAAGUUGCUUAUUCUUCCAUGCGAUCGGCUAAAAUACAUCAACUAGAGAAAUUAGAAGAAGAGCAUUGCUGGAAGUUGUUUUCCAAACAUGCAUUCCUAGAUGAAAAUCCUCAAUUGAAUCCUGAGAUGUUAGAGAUUGCUAAAAAGAUAGUUGGAAAAUGCAAAGGGUUGCCUUUAGCCUUGAAAACAAUUGGAAGUCUCUUGUACACAAAAUCGUCUUUGGUGGAAUGGAAAACGAUAUUGGCAAGCGAGAUAUGGGACUUACCUGAAGAGGUUAGCAAUAUCCUCCCCGCUUUAAGACUAAGCUAUCACCAUCUUCCUUCUCAUUUGAAGAGAUGCUUUUCUUAUUGUUCAUUAUUCCCGAAAGAUUAUGUGUUUGAAAAGGAGUAUUUGAUUUUAUUAUGGAUGGCUGAAGAUUUUCUACCAUAUCCUCAACUUCAACAGGGUAAGAGUAUGGAAGAAGUUGGAGAACAAUACUUCGAUGAUCUGUUGUCAAGAUCUUUUUUUCAACAAUCAAGCAAAGACAAAAUGUGUUUUGUCAUGCAUGACCUUCUCAAUGAUCUAGCAACAUAUGUGUCUGGUGAUUUUUGCUUCAGGCUGGAAGUUGAAGAAUCACAAAAUAUAUCGAAAGUUACUCGCCAUUUUUCGUUUUUGAGAAAUAGAUAUGAAUCGUCUAAAAGGUUUGAGGCCUUAUGUAAAGCUGAAAAUUUGCGUACAUUUCUACCAUUUAGUAGAAACUACACAGUACCAUCGCCUUUUCCUUUUGAAUUCUGGAUGUCUGGCCUUUUGGUGCAUGACUUGCUUCCCAAGUUUAAGGUCUUACGCGUGUUAUCUUUGUCGGGAUACUGCAAUGUGACUGAUGUUCCUGACACAAUAGGAAAUCUUAAACAUCUUCGUUAUCUUGACCUUUCUGAAACCAACAUAAAGAAGUUACCUGAUUCAAUAUGUUUUCUCUAUAACUUGCGAAUACUAAAGUUGAAGAAUUGCCGAUUUUUGAAGGAGCUGCCUUUGAAUUUUCAUCAACUGACUAACUUACGUUUUCUUGAUUUUAGUGGAACUAAGGUGAGGAGUAUGCCAAUGCAUUUUGGAAAAUUGAAGAAUCUUCAAGUGCUGAAUUCAUUCUAUGUAGGAAAAGCUAGUGAGUUCGAGUCUAAUAUUCAACAGUUAGGCGAACUCGAUCUUCGAGGAGCACUAUCAAUUUCAGAGUUGCAGAAUAUUGUCAAUCCCUUUGAUGCAUUAGCAACAAAUUUGAAAAACAAAGUACACCUUGUGAACCUACAUUUAGAAUGGAAUACAGAGAAUGAAAACUCACAACAAGAAAGGGAAGUGCUUGAGAAGCUACAACCAUCAGAACACUUGAAGGAGUUGUCAAUCCGGAGCUAUGGUGGAACAAGAUUUCCAGAUUGGUUUGGAGAUAAUUCACUAUCUACUUUAGUAUCCUUGAAGUUGAGUAACUGUGAAAAAUGUAUCUCGUUGCCUCCACUUGGAAUUUUACUAUCUCUCAAGAAACUAUGCAUUUUUGGGCUCUCUGGCGUGGUGGUUAUUGGCACCGAGUUUUAUGGGAGUAGCUUUUCAACUGUUCCAUUUCCAUCUUUGGAAACCUUAGAAUUUGAGGACAUGGAGGAAUGGGAAAAAUGGGAAUGCAUAACUGCGACAAAUGCUUUUCCACAUCUUCAAAAGCUUUCUAUAAAAAACUGUUCAAAUCUAAGGGAGUGUUUGCCUGAGAAACUUCCUUGUUUAACGGUGCUAGAAAUUUCUCAUUGUGAACAGCUUGUGGCUUCUGUUCCUAGGACUCCAUUCAUUCAUGCAUUAUUUCUAAACAAUUGUGGAGAGCUUCAAUUUGAUUAUCAUCCAUCUACUUUGAAAAUUCUGAAGAUCGAUGGAUACUGCAUGGAUGGAUCACUUCACAGGGUUGAGUCUAUCAUAUCCAAUGUCUCUCUUGAAAGAAUGAAGAUUAACCGUUGCCCUGAAAUGAACAUUCCAAAACAGUGUUGCUACAACUUCCUUGUAACAUUAUACAUCUGGAGUAGUUGUGACUCUCUAACUACAUUUCCUCUUGAUUUGUUUCCAAAACUCAAGGAGCUUACAUUCAGAGACUGUGCUAAUCUUGAGACGAUUUCACAAGAGAGUGCUCACAGUCACAAUCUCCAAAUGUUGCAAAUUUCUAACUGUCCUAAAUUUGUGUCAUUUCCAAGAGGAGGAUUCAAUGCACCCGGGUUAUUGGUCUGUCAAUUACAUAAAUUAGAGAACUUGAAAUCAUUGACUGAAUGCAUGCACAGUCUCCUUCCAUCAAUGUCUUUUCUAGUUGUACUAGAUUGUCCACAACUCGAGCUGUUAUCUAAUGGAAGUUUGCCAUCAAACUUGAAAUCAUUGUAUCUCCGAAAUUGUUCCAAGCUUUUGGAAACACUGAAACGCGCUUUGGCAACUACCACCUCUCUCUUUUCUUUGUAUAUCGGAGAAGGUUUCAUGGAGUCUUUUCCUGAGCAAGGGCUGCUUCCGCAUUCUCUUAGUUCUCUAUCCAUCACUUGGUGUCCAAAUCUUAAAAAACUCAAUUACUCGGGUCUCUGCCAUCUUUCCUCUCUUACAAGAUUGUAUAUAUCUAGCUGCCCCGUACUCCGAUGCUUACCUGAUGAGGGUCUUCCCAAAUCCAUUUCUACUCUACAGAUUUGGGGCAACUGUCCGUCGCUCAAACGCCGUUUUCAGAAACCAAAUGGUGAAGAUUGGGAGAAGAUUCGUCACAUUCAAAGCAUAAUAAUUGACGACGACAUAAUAACAUAAAUUGGAACUAAUGCUUGGCAAUUGGGAGU